AUGGGGGUUAUUUUACCAGCAGGGACGAAACUAAAACCUAUGCGCCGAAAGGUUGAAUUUCGGGAUUGUAGAAAGCAUCGAAAGGAAGAUUUCCACAAAGCUUUAGCAGAAGAAGAUUGGGAGGAUGUAUCGCAGUCCACGAAUGUAAAUGACGCUGUGAAUUGUCUUGAACGUAUGAUCAUGGAUCAUAUGAAUAAAUGCAUGCCCACAAAAACAGUCUCAAUUUCGUCACGUGACCCUUACUGGAUGAGUCCUUUAAUUAAAUCUUUGCUAAAAUCUAAAUCCAGAAUUGCUCGGUCGCAAAAGGAUAGACUCAGUUUAAUUAACAAAAGGAUUUCUGAUGUCAUUUGUCAAAACAGAAGAAAUUUUAGGGCCUUGGUGGGAAGUAGAACUUGGUGGAGAAAGACGAAUGAUAUUUCUCAGCGAAAUGCAUCGUCAUCAAGAGUUACUUUAGAUAAUGCAUCACUUACAAGAUUAAAUCGCUACUUUGGCGAACUCUGCCACGAUGAUAGUUAUGUCGAACCGACGCUCUCAAUUAUUGGUGAUGAAGUAGAUAUUCCUAGCUUUACGGAACAGCAGGUAUGGAAUGCCUUGAAAAGAAUAAAGAGGACAGCAACAGGUCCCGAUUAUAUUCCCUAUUGGGUUUGGAGUGAUCAUGCUGAAAUUCUAACUGAAGUUAUAACUAACGUCUGGAAUUUGUCCCUUUCAUCACAUACUUGGCCAGAUUCAUGGAAAAGAGCGAAUAUUAACCCUCUUGCAAAGGUUGAUUUACCAAAGGAAGAUGGUGACUUUCGUGGAAUAAAUAUUACACCUGUAAUUGCGAGAGGACCUUCGAAAAGCUCGUUUAUAAUAGUCAGGUCAAGUCCACAGUUGAGGAAAUUUUAUCCCCAACGCAAUUUGCGUACAGGCAGGGGGGGAGUUGUACAAACGCUCUGUUAACUAUUCAGAACAAAGUACUCAGCUUCUUAGAUAGAGCAAACUGCAAAGCAGUUAGACUGUUUUCUAUGGAUUUUAGCAAGGCUUUUGACUCAGUGAAACAUUCACUCCUCUCGGAAAAGUUAAAAACUGUGCCACUCAACCCUUAUAUCAUAAAUUGAUAUUUAAAUUUUCUAAAGAAUAGAAAGCAAAGAGUCGUUUGUAACGAUUUUUGUGGAGAAUGGAUGGAUGUUAAUAAGGGUACAACACAGGGGAGCGUAAGUGGCCCCUACCUUUUUAAUAUUUUCCUAAAUGAUUUAGAGGUGGACAUAGACGGCGAGAACGCUCUUUUUAAAUAUGCCGACGAUUCAAAUAUAAUAGUGCCAGUUUGGAGUGAGGGUCCUGAUACAUCAACAGAUACAGUUGGACAAUUCCUGAGCUGGUCUGAUGAUAAUUUUAUGACUUGUAACCCUGGUAAAUGUAAAGAGCUUAUCAUCCGGAAGAAGGGAUAUAAUGAUCAACUUGACAAUGUUUAUAAUAUACCCCAAUGCAAAGAACUUUCCAUUUUAGGUACUACUUUCAAGACAAUCUCAAGUUCACCAGCCAUGUGCGAGGUAAAUUGGUCAAAGCAAACAAAUGCUUGUACGUUAUACGAACACUCAGGGCAGAAGGCUAUAGCCAAUGUGAGAUAG